UUUCAGUAGUCUAACAAUCUGAUAAAAUAUUUGUCCAACUAUGGUUGGUUUUGCCUCUUUAUCUGCUCUCAGAUACCUUGUUUUUCUUCUUAUGAUAAUUCCCUUUGUCACUUCACUGUCCUUCAAUUUUAGUAGUUUUAAUCCCAAUGAUCAGAAUGUAACUUAUCAGGGAGAUGCUUAUCCAGCAAAUGGUGCAAUUCAACUCACCACAAACAAGCUCAAUCGUGCUAUAAAUGCAAGCAUAGGUCGAGCCACAUAUUCGAAACCACUGCAUCUCUGGGACAAGGCCUCUGGAAAUGUCACAGAUUUCAGUACACAUUUCUCCUUUAGCAUCAAUUCACAGGGUAGAACAAGAUAUGGUGAUGGUCUUGCCUUCUUCCUCGCGCCUGCAGGUUCAACAAUUCCUGAUAACACAACCAGAGGUGGAAGUCUUGGCCUUACAAGUAAUACUCAGCGACUGAAUACAUCAGGUAAUCAUUUUGUUGCUGUGGAGUUUGACACCUAUCAGAACGUGCAGUAUGAUCCAAUGGGUGAUCAUGUAGGUAUAGAUAUCAACUCUAUGCAAUCUGUAGUUAAUGUGACCUGGUUUAGUAGCAUUCCAGAUGGUAGGAGAACUGAUGCCUGGAUUAGCUAUAAUUCAACCUCAAAAAAUCUUAGUGUUGUCUUCACCGGUUUCCAACUCGAAGGGAAUACCACAGUCACUGUCCCGCAGGGCCUAUCUUACAAUCUUGAUCUGAAGGAAUAUUUGCCAGAAUGGGUCACUUUUGGCUUCACAGGUGGAGCAGGACUCGUCUUUGCAUUACAAAGCAUCUAUUCUUGGAAUUUUACUUCUUCUUUAGAUAAUAAUAACAACAUGACAGAUCCAGGGGUAGCCUUACCAAACACCAAGCUAGAGCAUGCACCAAGCAAUACUAAUUUAGGACUUGUGGUCGGAUUGAUUUCUGGUGGUUGUGUUUUGGUUGCAGCAUGUGUUUUGAUGUUGUUUGCAUAUUGGAGAAAGAGGAAGGUGAGAGAAGAUGAAGAUGAUGAUAUGAUUGACGGUUCCAUGACUAAUGAAUUUGAAAGAGGCGCAGGAGCGAAGAAGUUCUUGUACAGUGAGUUGGCUAGAUGUACAAAUAACUUUUCGCAGGAAGAAAUGCUUGGACGGGGUGGGUUUGGGGGUGUUUAUAAAGGAUAUCUCAGGGAGUUGAACUGCUAUGUUGCUGUUAAGAGGGUUUCAAGGGAGUCCAAGCAAGGAAUAAAAGAGUAUGCGUCAGAAGUCAGGAUCAUAAGCCGGUUAAGACACAAACAUUUGGUACAACUCCUUGGUUGGUGCCAUGAGAAAAGAGAACUUCUACUUGUCUAUGAGCUUAUGCCUAAUGGAAGCUUGGACUCCCAUCUUUUCAAGGGAAAAAGCCAUUUGACAUGGCCGAUAAGAUUCAAGAUUGCUCAAGGCUUGGCUUCGGCAUUGCUAUAUCUACACGAAGAAUGGGAACAAUGUGUGGUGCAUAGGGAUAUAAAGUCGAGCAAUAUUAUGUUGGAUUCCAAUUUCAAUGCCAAACUUGGGGAUUUUGGCUUAGCUAGGCUGGUUGACCAUGAUAAGGGAUCCCAAACAACAGUAUUGGCAGGCACGAUGGGUUACAUGGCUCCCGAAUGUGUCACCGCUGGCAAAGCUAGCAAGGAAACAGACGUCUAUAGCUUUGGUAUUGUCGCAUUAGAAAUAGCUUGCGGAAGGAAACCUAUUGAUCCUAAAGCUGAGGAGCAUCAAGUAAACAUUGUUGAUUGGGUUUGGAGUCUUUAUGGAAUGGGUAAUCUUCGUAAAGCAGUUGAUCCUAAACUAUCAUCAGAGUUCAAAGAAGAGGAGAUGGAGCACUUGCUAAUUGUUGGCUUAUGGUGUGCUCAUCCAGAUAAUAAUUGCAGGCCUUCUAUUAGGCAAGCAAUUCAUGUCCUUAAUUUUGAAGCUCCAUUGCCCACACUCCCUCCAAACAUGCCUGUGCCAACAUAUUGCAGUCCAUCACAACUUCUACCAAUUGCUUCAUUGUCAUCAUCAUAUGACACCAACAGUACGGAGAUCGCCCUCACCCAGAUCCAGCAAUCAGUCAACAGAGACAACACUGAUUCUUCAUAUAAAACAACUUCUUCUACAACAUCUUCAUCUUCAACAUCACUUCUGUAUCCAUGUUAA